AUGUCUGGGAUAAGACAAGAAAUGGAAUUGGUAAAAUAAGGAUCUAAAUCAACUAAAUCAAACAAAUAAGCAUUAAGACGAACUGGAACAAUUUUAUCUGAAAAAUCUAGUUCUUUUGAAGACAGUCGAGUGACUUUGUUACUAUUUGAAAAAUACCGAAUUGUUGAGAUGACUAGAUUUUGUGUUAUAUUUGCAUGCUAAAUCUUAGCUAUCUUAUAGGUAUUCAUAAUAUCUUAUAGUUUUCUCUUUUCUCAGUAUGAAAGCUCUUUUUAGGAUUAAUUUGAACAGAAAUUUGAUAGUGAGACAACUCUUCUCUUAUAUCUUAUUUUCCUUUAAACACUUGUGGCAAGUAAAGCAUAUAAUUAUAGAAUAGUCACUCUUACUUUAACCUCUUAUUAAGUCCUAUUAGCUUAUUAAAAGAAAGCUAUGAUGAUAACUCCAUAGGCUAGUCUUUUAGAUUCAAAUCUUAUAUAUGGUCUUAUUAUUGAAGUAUUAUUGAUGCUACCAUCACCAACUCCAUUCACUUAAAGAAUCAAAGUUGGAUUUCAUGAAAGAUAUUCAGGAACAUAACGAUACUAUUAUUUAAAUGAAAUCCUAACUUAUAUUCUUACAUGCAGAGUUGUUUUAUUAAUUAAAAUUGCACUUAAAUUUUAAGCAUUUUACAGUAGUCAAAUUGGCAGAUUAUGGUUUAAUAUAUCAAUUCUAUUUUUAGCCGUCUAUAUUCUACUGAUUUUGAUACGCAUUUAAUAUUUAAAAUAUGUAUGAAAGAUAUUCCUGGAUAUACUUUAAUGGGUUUAUUUGGUGCAGGAAUGCUGUUAUUUGGAUAUAGUAUGGAAAUAGCAGAACGAGCACUUUUGAGAGAUGAAACUUCCUUUACCAAUUAUAAUGUUGGAUAAUCUCUAUGGGUAACUCUUAUUACAAUUGCUACUGUUGGUUAUGGUGAUUUUUAUCCUACUACUGAUUUAGGACGUAUAUCUAUGGCUGUUUGUGUUUUUUGGGGAGUUUCAAAUACUUCUCUUUUUACUGCUAUGCUCUAUUCAAUGUUAUAAGCAGAAACUAGUGAAGAAUUAGUUUGGGCUCUACUUGAAAAAACUAAUGUCAGAAAUAUCAUGAAAGACUUAAGUUAAUUCUUAUUUGUUAGAAUACAAAGACUUAAAAUUAAAGCUCAAUCAUCAUUAACUACUGAUAUUAAUCUUUUUUCAGAAUAAGUUGAAAAAAUAUAAGAAUCAUUAAAAUCUAUUAGUUAAAUGAGAAGACAAUAUAGAGAUAUUGAUGGAGAAGCUACCAUGGCUAUGGUUAAAAGGAAAUUUAAAGAUAUUAAUAACAUGUUUGAAGAACAUCUUACAAUCUUAAAAGAAUCUAAACGUUUGCAACUUAUAAACAAUAUCAAUUUAUAAUAUUGCCAAGGUUUCAAUUUUAGUUCUGAUAAAAAAAACAAAUAAAGCUCUCCUCAUAUCUAAACCUAUCAAACUGAUGACAAAUAAAGUAAAGAUGAGGCCUUUUUUGCUAAUCUUUAAGACAAUGAAUCCAAUCUGCUUUUGAUGGACUUUCGUGAUUGA